UUAGGUGGUUUUUUCUCUGAUAGUGUCGGCCAUGUUGCCACAAACUGCAAGAGAUGUCCAACUGGUUCGUUUGUUUCCUACGAUGAAGCACCAGGAACACGAGCGGAAGAUUGCAAGUCUUGCCCUGAAGGUACAAAAUUGUUGUGCAAACAAAAGCUCAUUUCGAACAGUUCUUCAAUGUCUUAUUCACAGACGAGUAUGAUUCUAAGUCUAUAUCUUAAAAGAUGGGACUAAAUAACGUCCGCUAAGUGGCCAACAAAAACUAUUAACCAGUUUUUUGUGAGUUUAAGAGGCAAUUGAUAACCGGGAAUAAAAAAAAGCCUUCUAAAUCCGGGGUAAACAUUCUUUUAAAACGCUUGGAUCUAUGCAAAACUUUAUUUUACGUGUGAUUUCUCGGCUUUAUUAGGCUUUCUUCAAAAGCCUUAUGCAAUUCAUGAAAUCUUUCUUUACAGGAACAGAUACUGAUUUCCACGCUGGAUAUCGAGCCUGCAAAUGUCUGAAAGGAUUUUAUCGUACACAUAUGUUCGAAAGAUGCCAUAAAUGUUUACAAGGCAUGGCAUGCCAAGACGAUCAUAUUUCUUUAAAAUCUGUUUAUUGGUGGGAAUGGCGCAAUCAGACGUCGAAAGGUCGGUACCAAAGGUUUAUAAAAAAUCUUGCAGCUGUGUUGCCAGCACCUGGCAUAGAUGAUGUUCAAUACCCUCACCCGAUCCCAACCCCUCACCAAUGUCCACGGGAGGAAGCAUGCAAAGGUGGUCUCGAUUCUCCAUGUGCCGAUGGCUACAAGGGUCCACUCUGUGCAGUUUGCAGUUUAGGGUAUUACAGACAACAGAAAACCUGCAAACAAUGUCCUUCCAAGCAAUGGAUUAUCGGACAGUUUUCCAUCGUUGCUGUCGUCUUUCUGGCAAUUGUGGGGGGCAUAGUGUGGUCAACUUUCAAAGGAAAUGUCAAGAAGGCCCAGGAGAGAUCUUUGAUAGACAAGUUCCUUUCUAAACUUAAGAUCGUUAUUGGGUUUUAUCAGGUCACAGCUGGUGUGCUGCAAGCAUUUUCCUACAUUGAGUGGCCAGAUUCUUUGGAAGUUAUCGCUGAGUAUUCAGAAUUACUGCAACUGAAUGUUCUUCAGAUGGUCCCCCUUGAAUGCUUAAUCAAAGGAUUGCGAGUGAAUGCUUUUGGAAACAUGUUUACGAUGAUGGCUGUCAAUUCUCUGGUCAUUUGUGUCUCAGGUGUCGCCUACGGAGUUCGUAAAGUUGUUAUUGCGAGGAAUGAAAGCUUAGAGGAGGAAGAAAAAUCUAGCAAACUGUCUGAAACCAUAGAGCUCGUGUACAGAAAUUUGUUUUUUUUUCUGUAUGUGACGUAUUUGAACACGUGCACUACAACUGCCAACGUCUUACCGCUUGCCUGUCAGACGCUUUGCCGGGAUGAAAAAGAAGAGUCGUGUUCAAAGUUCCUGAAAGCAGAUUACAGCGUGCGAUGCCACGAUCAAAAUUACAACGAGGUAAUUCUCUUGGGAUACAUCUCGACCGCUUAUGUCAUGGUCCUCCCAGCUGCAACAUUCAUUGCACUCUGGAAGCAUAGAAGAGUAAUAUCUAGUAAAGGAACUGCCAAACUAACUCAGGAUUCUGGCUCAACCGCAAAAGUGGUAAGAGGACUACGUUUCCUAUUUGAAAACUACAAACCUAGCUCGUGGUAUUGGGAGUUGGUCGAAGUGUGUCGAAAAUUAAUCCUUACCUCCGGAUUGAUUCUUGUGGGACAACAGAGCAGGUCCUACAUUGGCUUAGCAUGGGUUGUUGCCGGAAUGUAUGGAGUGCUCUUUUCCUCUAUAAGUCCCAUACAAGACGUGGUCGAGAACAGAAUGAUGGUAACGUCACUUUGUGUUACUAUCGUCAACUUGGGUAUUGGAGCCGUGAGUAGAAUUCCAGCUGAGAACAUUCCAAACUCAAAAGACUCCUACUCGGAGACAGCUUUCUUCAAGGCUUUGGUGAUUGCCUCAAAUACCUCUGUGAUUGGCCUUCUUGUUGAUAAGAAAAUGCCGUUCAUUCGAAUAAGUUUUUCCUCUUGCAGAAAAUCUUCUUUGAAAUAUAUAUAUGUUCUAUUUCGCUCAUUGACCCUUUUGCCACAUCAAAACUAAUUAUGCUUUCUCGUUUGCCCUUAGUUCAGUACAUAGUGCACCUGUAUCAUUAUUUCAAGGAGUGGCGCCAGAACCCAAAGGUGUCGUUUUCUUGUUGCCUGGAAGUUUUUCUCCCCCUGACCAACAUGCAGGGAGAUGUCAGCGCUAUGGAUGAGACGAAGGUAUUUGAGAAUGAGACGGACGCAGGGCAAGUCGAUGCGCCCAAUGUACAGCUCAGUAUUCGUAAAAAUGAAAAUUUGGAUAUCAACAGAGAG